GUGAGGAAGUGGCUGCGGCCGGCCGUGCCGGACGGGAGCGUCAGAGUGGCCGCAGCCGGCGCCGGAGCCGGAGCAGGUUUAAGGGGCCGGCCGUGAAGGGCUCGUCUGUUUUUCUUCCCCGAUCUUUGCAUUUGAUAACCCCGCUCUGCUCCUAUCAGCUGCUUUCGGUGCCCUUCCAAAGAGUUGGGAACCUCGCGAUAGCUGCCGUUGCCGCCGCCCCCCCCCCCCACGCGGGAGUGAGGGGCGCACCCCCUCUGGGCCUCCGCCAACCCCACUCCCUCCAUGGGCCCAAUCCGGAAGCCCAACGUGUGCCACCGGCUGAAUCGGCGGGCGCUGGGCUUCUUCUCGCGCGACGCAGGCGUGGUGCAGAGGACGAACCUGGGCAUCCUGCGCGCGCUGGUGUGCCAGGAAAGUACUAAAUUUAAGAAUGUUUGGACAACUCAUUCCAAAUCACCUAUUGCCUAUGAAAGAGGAAGAAUAUAUUUUGACAAUUAUCGGUGCUGUGUCAGCAGCGUUGCAUCAGAGCCAAGAAAACUUUAUGAGAUGCCAAAAUGUUCCAGUUCAGAAAAAAUAGAGGAUGCUUUAUUAUGGGAAUGUCCAGUGGGGGACAUACUGCCUAAUCCGUCAGAUUAUAAAUCCUCACUCAUAGCACUGACUGCCCACAAUUGGCUGCUUCGUAUAUCAACAACCACAGGAAAAGUCCUUGAAAAAAUAUACCUUGCUUCAUAUUGCAAAUUCAGGUACUUGAGCUGGGACACUCCUCAAGAAGUCGUUGCAGUCAAAUCAGCUCAGAACAAAAACUCAACUCUGGCCCGGCAGGCAGGAAUUCAGCAGCCUGUUUUGCUAUACCUUGCAGUGUUCCGUGUUCUUCCUUUUUCACUUAUAGGGAUUCUGGAGAUCAACAAAAAAAUUUUCGGGAAUGUGACAGAUGCUUCCUUGUCUCAUGGAAUACUGAUCGUGAUGUACAGCUCGGGACUGGUCAGACUCUAUAGCUUCCAAGUCAUCAUGGAACAGUUCAUGCAACAGAAACUUGACUUAGGGUGUGCAUGCAGAUGGGGUGGGACUACUGGAACUGUAGGAGAGGCUCCUUUUGGCAUUCCUUGUAAUAUUAAAAUCACAGACCUGCCACCCCUGCUCUUUGAGGUGUCCUCCCUGGAGAACGCUUUUCAGAUCGGAGGCCACCCUUGGCACUAUAUCAUCACACCUAAUAAGAAGAAACAGAAAGGAGUUUUUCAUAUCUGUGCCCUAAAAGAUAAUUCCUUGGCAAAAAAUGGGAUUCAAGAAAUGGACUGUUGCUCUCUGGAAUCUGACUGGAUCUAUUUCCAUCCGGAUGCAUCUGGUAGAAUAAUCCAUGUUGGCCCAAAUCAGGUCAAAGUUUUAAAGCUAAAUGAAGUGGAAAAUAAUAGUGGCCAGCAUCAAGUCUCUGAAGAUUUUGUCAUUUUGGCCAACAGGGAGAAUAACAAAAAUGAAAACUUAGUAACUGUUACAUCUUCUGGACGGGUGGUAAAAAGGAAUUUUAACCUUCUUGAUGAUGACCCAGAACAAGAGACUUUCAAAAUUGUGGACUAUGAAGAUGAGUUGGAUUUGCUUUCUGUGGUAGCUGUUACUCAAAUAGAUACUGAAGGGAAAGCUCAUCUGGAUUUCCACUGUAAUGAAUAUGGAACUUUACUUAAAAGCAUUCCACUAGUAGAGUCAUGGGAUGUGACAUAUAGCCAUGAAGUCUAUUUUGACAGAGACUUGGUACUACACAUAGAACAGAAACCCAGCAGAGUCUUCAGCUGCUAUGUUUACCAGAUGGUAUGUGACCCUGGGGAAGAAGAAGAAACCACAAACAGAAGCUGUGACAAAAAAAUGAGAUUUCACUAAUUUUAAAUUUUUCAGAUGUAAUUAAGAAGACUUUUAGCCAAACACCCUGGCAAUUUUGUCGAGUCGUCUUUUUUAAUCCUCUGUAUAUUAAAUUCUCCAAUAUUUUCCAGUAGAGGUAUUGUGUUGGCUUCAGAUGACGGUGACUUCUUUUCUUAGACUCUAGCUAAAGAAAGUUGUGACAAAAGAAGUCUUUGAUUCCAGAACUUUUAGCCAGGUGGUGGUGCAAAUCUGAAAUGCUGGGGAGAAGAAAAGUCAGAACCAGUUAAUUCCAGUUGCUGGAGAGAGGAACACUGCUGGGAAGGUGUUCAGCCUGGUUCUUAAAAUAUGGUCUGGAGUGUUGGUUGCCAAGACCAAGAAAGGUAAAAAGGAAAAAAAAAUACUGAAUUUUUGUUUAUGGAUAUGAAAUGUUAUCUCUCAUGUGAAAGCUAGAAAGGUUUUUAAGAAAAAUUAUAUUUGUAUAUCUGUGUUGUUUUUGUGUAUAUGUUUAGUAAUUGACUUUUGUUCUUUUUAUUUUUUUAAAUGGGCUGGAGCAAUAGCACAACAGGUAGGGCAUUCGCCUUGCAAGUGACCGACCCGGGUUCGAGUCCUCCACCCCUCUCGGAGAGAGCCUGGCAAGCUACCGAGAGUAUCUCGCUCUCACUGCAGGGCCUGGCAAGCUCCCCGUGGCGUAUUUGAUAUGCCAAAAAUAGUAACAACAAGUCUCACAGUGGAGACGUUACUGGUGCCCGCUCAAGCAAAUCGAUGAGCAAUGGGAUGACAAUGAUACAGUGAUUUUUUAAAACAUGUUUUUAUUAUUACAACAUCAUGAUUUACAAAAUUAUUCACAGUACAGUCGUUCCAGGCAUGCAGUGUUCCAACACUAAUUCCACCACCAGUGUGACCUUCCCUCCACCCAUGUUCCUAGUUUCCCUCCCACCCCCCAAACCUCCACCCUUAUCAAGCACAUGACAAAUUUACUUUAUAUUGCUUGCCAAAACAAAAUGGCAAAUGGAAUUGUCAAAAAAUAAAUAAAAGUCAAUUUAUGAUGAUUGAUUGUUAUCUCUCACAAUGGUGUUUCUAGGUCAUUGAGAAUUUAGUGGGCUAGUUCAAGGAGAAAGACAUUCUAAAAAUGUUAACUGAGUGUUAGAAACCCAUUAACUCAUUUUUAAAAAUUGAAUAGCUGUGUGAUACACAGUUACAAAGCUAUUCAUGAUUGGGUUUGUUCAUACAAUGUUCCAAUACCCAUCCUUCACCAGUGUACAUUUCCCACCACCAGUGUCCCCAGUUCCCUCCUGCCAGCUC